UGGAAGUAUAAAAGUGUUUUCUUCAAGAUUUUUCUCUGUAGUUGAUCUGGCAUUCAUUUUCUUACUACUUGCAAUCAAUUUCAUUCUCGCAUCGUCAAGCCUGAUAUUCUUAUUCUUUGACCAAUCAAUCACUUCAUUUACAAACGUUCAACUCCAGCCCAAACUUGGGAAUCUAGCGAUCAUGAGCACUUCAACAGUGUCAAGAGAAGAGCUCAUUAAGGAGCUUCUGAACUUUGACCAAGCUCAUCUACCACGCUCAGCGAAUCAAAAUUGGCACCUUCCCUGGCAGUGGAAAUGGGACCCUAGAGGUCCCAAGGGACAACUCCACAAAAACCCAAAAGAUUUCCAUGGGGUGGAGUAUCCGGAUCAUACACCAGAGCGAAACACUGUUCUGGGCAGUGGUUGUUUUGGCGAAGUCCGUCGUGUACUGUGCAAUGGUAGGGUCCUUGCUCGGAAGAAGGCAAUUUUCAACAUCAACAGACCUCGCAGAACGGUACCGAACAGCAGGGAGAUCCAAGCUCUGAAGAAAGUCGACCACAGACAUAUAUCACAGCUCGUCGGCCUCUAUAUCCUUAAUGACGAUCUCUAUAGUUUGUCAUAUCCAGUAGCAGACAUGUGCAUCCGCGAUUACAUGAGACUGAAUCGGACCGGUGAUGCCACGUGGGUCAACACUCUGAUAAAUGGAAUGGGAUGCUUGAGCAAUGCUCUGGCAUACAUGCAUUCUGUCGGAGUUAAACAUCGAGACAUUCAUAACGAGAAUGUGCUUGUGCUAGGAGGGUGCUUAAUCUUCUGCGACUUCGGAGGAUCAAAUGUCUCCAAUGUUCGACCGAUUCCAAUUCCUCCUGGGCCCUUUGACCACAUAGGGCCAGAGCCGUUCCAUUGGGACGAUGCAAGAAAAAUAGAUGUCUAUAGGUUGGGGGAGCUAUUUGAACAGAUGGUUAAAGCGAUUGACGGUGGCCGUGAUGUCGAACGAUGGGGAUUUGAUAAUCCGCAGCAGACAGAACUCGACAAACACAAUCUGCGCACUUUUUCUGGAACUCCCAAGCAGAUAGGUCGAAGAGACUUUCGAAGUCUCUCCAAAGCCAUGACAGCUCGCGAUGAGAGAGAUCGGCCGGAUGCCGCUUUGGUGGCACGGUAUCUUCGAUCGGGACACGUCAAGUGGGCAAUUCAACAGAGGAGCUGGAGCGCGGACGCUGAUGACGGUGAUAUCUAUCCUAAUACUUGUGGUGAGUGUUGUAAGUGAUGAAGAGGUGACUUCGAAUCCUUGGUAUGCUGGACAGACAAGGGCUGGUGGCUGGAGAUUUCAGGAGCUGAAUGCUUGGUCUUUCUGAAUCGUUUUGGCGUCAUGGUGGAGUAUGCUUGAAGUUGUUUUCUUGGGCUUCGAAUUCGGAACAUAAUACAUGUGGGAUGCAAACGAUAAUUCAUCAUAGUUGUCCUGGAUCCAGUAUUCAUGCAGGAAUGUGAUACGCAUCAGACAAAGCCUUGCUCCAUUAAACUUGAAGAAAAGUUGGCUUCAACAACGAUACAUCACAACUUCAGCCCUCCGUUUCCAAACGUAACAUGGAGUCCGUCGAUACCUUCGAUUCCAACCUCGCCAUUUCUUUUCAAUUCCUCAACUUCUCCCUUCACCUUCUCCUUGAUUAAUU